CAAUAGUACGUCAGCCAAUUUUAAUGGCAGCUCUCACUAGAUGUUUCUUUCUUUUCUACAAAGUGUAUCCCAUUUUGUUUUGUUCAUGGAUUCUUCAAGUGGUAAGGUUCAUGCUAUUGGCUAGUAUUGUAUUUUGGAACUCGUGUAGAUACGCAAUCGCUUAUUACAAGUACAAAGAAAUGUUUAACAAGAAGAGUUGUAAAUUUGUGUUUAGAAGAAAGAAGCGUGUUGAGUCCAUCGGUCAAGGGUCACUUGAUUGUGCAAUAUGCUUAUCAGAAUUUGAGCAUGGAGAAAGGGGGAGAAAAUUGGAAACUUGCAAACACAUAUUCCAUGAAAACUGCUUGGAGAAAUGGCUAAUGCAGAAGGAUAUAAAAGCAAGUUGUCCACUUUGUAGGAGUGUGAUUAUAUCAGAGGAAAUAAAGGAAGAGUAUCGAAAACUAGAAGAUGAAGGAAAAAGGGAUCAUAGCUUUGAGAAAGAGCUAGCUCUUCUCUUGUUAUCUAUCUUGAACAGAGGAUAUUGCCAUUGUAGUUUUUCCCCUUUUUGAUGGGUAGCUUUUCUAGUUGAUGAAGCUCAAACUGUACAGACCACAUGUCAA